UUUCUUUGCUGCGACAUCAUGCCACUCUUUCCUCGCUCACGUUCACAUAUCCUUCGUCUCGGUGUGCCCUUCUUUGGCGCCAUGCUCCUUGCAACGUACGGCAUGGCACACUUGGCCCAAACACGAUAUGAUUACCAUGACAAGAAGACAAAACUGCUGGCAAAGAAAGAGCAAUUGCAACUUGAUGCAGAUCGAAAGCCAUUCAGUGUUCAGGAAGCAUAUUGGAAUUUGACCAGCAAGAAAGAGGAUUGGGACGAUUGGGAUAUGGUGAGGGUGCCGAGACCCCCAGGGGACGAAUGACUUGAUACUGGAGAUGCUGCAACCAUUACCAGAUAUUCAGUAUUUAUUCAUUAUGCAUCUUACUGUAUAUUAUCUAUCUGUACAUAAACGAAAAACAAUAAAUAGCGAGCCAAUCAUGAGAUCACCA